GUUUACCUAAAAGAGUCGACUCCUGAGGUUCAUCUUCCAAGGGUCAUUUUUACCUUCAGUAGUAAAUACACCAAACGCUACAAUGAUUGUAUAUUUCAUUUUGUUUGGAUUGUUUUCCUUACCUGGACUUUCACUGGGGGAUUUAGUUUUCCGGUGUCCUAGCUGCACAGCAGACGACAACCUUUUGUGUCUCAACGUCCCCCAAGAAUGUCCAGAGGUGGUGAGAGAGCCGGGCUGCGGCUGCUGCCCAGUGUGUGCCAGGCUGGAGGGUGAGCCGUGUGGGGUCUACACACCGAGGUGCUCCAUAGGCCUCAAGUGCACCCCCGACAUGGAUGCUGAGUUCCCUCUGCAGCAGCUCAUCCAGGGUUCAGGUAGAUGUAGUCAGAAAAUUGAGCAGGAUGACACAAAAGUUCUUGACCAUCAAGUGAUUUAUGAGGUGCACGGGACGGAAAAUCCACCCACAAAAAGACCUCUGCUAGACACUCGCUUUUGGCAUGAAAUGGCCCGGAAACAUCACCAGAAUAACAUUAAUAACAGGAUGAGGGGGAACUCACAGGAAGAUCGAGUCCAGAGGGGGCCACAGAGUGUCUGUCAGGAGGAGCUGGACAGGGCUUUGGAGGAGAUCUCCCGAAUGACGUCUGAGGACAACAGAGGCCCGCUGGAGAACCUGUACGGGCUCAAAUUUCCAAACUGCAACAGAGAGGGGCUGUACAACCUGAAACAGUGCAACAUGUCGACCCAUGGCCAGCGCGGCGAGUGUUGGUGUGUCAACCCCUUCACUGGAGUCCAAAUACCAGAGAGUCCGAAAGUCCGAGGGGAUCCAAACUGCAACCAGUUCCAGGAGGGGUUCAUGGUGAUCUCCGCCUCAGACUACUGACUCAGGAUUACAUCCCACAUGCCAACACACCCCCUCUACUCUGUCUAAAUGUCAAAUUAUCAAACUGAAACCAACUUCAAGAAUGAGAAAGUAAAAUAAUUUGAUUUUACUAUUUGUAUUAUGUCUGAGUCAUCUGUUGAUGGUUUAUUCCAACUGCAAUUUACAAAAAGACUUAAAUGGACACACUUUCUUACGUAAGAUGACUGAAAUGUGUCAAUGAAACUAAACCAAAGGGUUAAUUUGUGUUUGAACUGAUUGUUUUAGCAGAUCAAAGCUUUAAUGUUUGUUCCCAUAUAUAAAUGUUCUUUCUUUGUUGAUUUGAAAGCUUUUAUUAAACAUGGUAUUUUCAAACUAGUAAAACCCAAA